AAUUUUUUCUGAGAUUUGUUCAUCAUCCAGGGAGUCUAUUCAAAAUUUGAGAUGAAGAAGAUGUUUAUAGGACUUUGCAACAGAGAUUUUUAAAAAUUAUAAUUAAUUAGCUUAAAUUUUCUAAAAUUUAUACAAAUAAUUUUAGAUCAAAAACCUAUUUUCUAAUUUAGAAAAUAUGUUUAGUAAAUUUUUUAUAGGGAACAAUUUUAUGAUUUUUUCAACAAUUUUGAAUAUGAAUUUGUUGUCUUUGAUCAGCAAUUUGGUCAUAUUCAUGUUAGUGGUCAUAUCCAAACACGUCCUUAAUAUUGGAUCGUUUGACCCGAACCCGAUACGAAAAAUCCAUGAUAUGAUAUGGAUCCUGAGUCCAACGUACUGCCGUCAGCUCGCGUCCAUGGAGAACCUGCCGAUCAUGUCCGAAACCCUAAUAUCAGAAUCAGACUCCGAUCCACCGUCCACGUGUCCCCAAGGUUCGCCGGAGCAUCCUGAUGCCUGCCGCUCUGAAUCGAAACCAACUGAGCUUCUUAGAGCUCUGGAGGUCGUGGAAAGAGACUCCGUAGCCAUCGCCGAGAGCUUCACUUCUCUCUUUGCUUCGCUGCGUUUGGCUCUCUCUGAGGUUACUAGCAGUUCUGUUGAUCAUAUGCGGUGCUUCAAUGAUGCUGCAGGCCGCCUCCAGGAAUCAGCACUCGAUGCAGCUACAAGGGGAAACCGGUAUAUAAAUUCAUGUCUCAGGCUAAAUGAAGAGAUGAAGGGUGUUGAUGGUCUGGCUAUGCAGCUAAAGAUCCUGAGGAGGAAUGUAGAUGCUCUGGACUCGGGUGUAAAUAGGCUUACCCGUCUUCCAUGAUGCUGACCUGGUCAAUUUAUCCGUUAUAUCGCUAUCAUCUGAAGGUACACUUUCAAAGCUUAUUGGUGAUUUUGCAGUGAGAAUAGGCUGGUCCAGCCAACAAAAACCGAAAGGAAUGUUUUGCCCUUUUGUAGCUGAAAGUCACAGUAUUUUUUAACAUUAUUAUGAAUCACUGAUUUGUAUUCCAAAUUUAUUGAAUAUGCAUUGGUCUUCUUUCUA